AAAUUUUUUCCCUCUGCUUAAUACUUACGCGUUGCACACUGUGUUUUUUUAGAUGGAUUCUUGGUGUAUGUUACCCUUUUAAUUUUAGUUUUUGUGUUAAUAUCUUACACCUUUGAAGAGGUUCUAUAGGGGAAUAAUCUUGGAGGACAACAGUUGAUUUUUUUUCAGGUAGUUCGUUGCAAGAGCUUGUAGAUUUGAAGAGGUCUGUGCGUGUUCUUUCAGUUUUUACAGAGACACUAACAUCAAGGGAUAUCACCAUAUCAGUAUUCGCUCCGCUCUGUCUUACUCGUUGAAACAAGCGUGUAUCAGUGAUAUACAGUCCUUUAAUUCUUUGUACCAUUAAUGAACCCGAGUCUUAUAUAUUGUUACAUCUCGCAGACAAAGAUGGCGUGUGAUGUUUGCAGGAACCUCAACUGUCCCGGUGUUGAAUCUGAUGUUGCCCAAUCUUUCUUGAUUGUGUCUUUGCCUCGUUGUUAUGAGUCAUGCCUGUAUGUCCCAUGCUACUACCGGAACCAGGUCCUUUCUUUGAUCUCUUUAUGGAAAGAUGAAGCUUUCGAGGAUGGUUUUGAAGACGAAGAUUUUGACCUUGUGUUCGGCACUACUGAGGAAUUGUCUUACAAGAUUAAGUUUACAGAUGGCAACCACAGGUCUAAGUUUCAUGGACCUGGAUGGGAAAAGUUGAUACGUGACUAUGAUCUGUUUUAUGGUGAUAUUAUACAAUUGGAUUUGCAAGCAGAAGAUUUCUUCUUUCCCAUUGACUUGAUGUUGAGUGAAUCUCGAGGAGGUCACAAAGCGUUUCCCAAACCUUCCGUUGGUAUGUUCUGAUCGCUUAUCAAUAUUUGUUCUGGUUUAACAUUUAUCUAUUAUAAUUUUACUGUGGCAUGCCGUUGAUAUUUAUGUGCUUAAUCUCUGUGAUAUAAUGUAUUAAAUCUUUCUUUGUACUCACAAUGUAGUUUAAAACUGUAAUUUCCCUUUUAACAGCCAAGAUUCGUUUAUUUUAGUUUUAACUGCUCUAUUCAUUGCUUCACACAUAGUGGCUAAUACAUUGUUGUAUUUAUUUAGCCCUUGAAGGCCUCAGUUUAUCGGAAAGGAGCUACAUAGACGAGACAGUCUACACCCGGGGCAUAAAACUUUCCUAUAUCGACAUGGCUUGCAUGAUUAAACUAGUCCUAAAUGCUAAACACAUCCCUGACAUUACCUUUGUGCACCGUCUAUGUUUCACCAACGUUCACACAGACCGUUUG